AGACAUGACCGUGACGCGCCGAAUCUGACACUCGAUAUUCCUUUCCAUCCUCAACUGUAUUCUGCUCUUCUACUAUUGCUACGACUAUUGUAACGAGAACACGCUAUUCAACACGACUCGACAUGGGCAACUCACAGUCGGCAGUGCGCUACCUGGCGCCCGCGUCCUUUGUCUACGACUUUGCGGCGCAACAAUAUGGCCUCUUUUCCUCGCCCAACAUGCUCGACAUCCAUAACCGCAACCUUGCCGCCUUCUCGCCCUAUCCCUACUUCAUCGGCGCCUUCUUCUUCCCGCAGCAAAUCUUCCAGCUCAUGUGGCUGUGGAAGCUGUGGCGGCAAGACGGCAAUGCGCACGAGUGUGCCAUGAUGAACAGGUUUGCGUGGUGCUACAGCUUGGGCAAUGUGUGCAUUGGAACGUGGAUGUUCUUCUGGAAUGCGAAUGACCUGGCGACGUCGAAUAUCUUUGUCAUCAUCAACACGCUGGCGCAGGUGGCCUACAUUUCGACCAUGCUGGAGCCGCUGGACACACGCUCAACACCCAACUUCCUCACGCACAUUGUCGCCAAGACGUUUGCUGGUAUCGGCGUGCUGGAUCUCCUGCACAACACAUCGGCUGCCUACUACGUCGGCGUGGAGCCCAGCGCGCUCGUGCAGGUGGCGACGGGCGUGGGCUUUGCGGCUGCAGCGAGCGUGAGCGACUGGAUCUUCGGUGGGUGCCUGGUGUACGACCUCGUUGCUCUGGCGUGCGGACAGGAGGGCGGAUGGUCCAGGUUGCUGGGCGGAUAUGCGGCCAUGGCGGCGGGGAUUGUGGCCGUGAGAAACUUCUUCUAUCCCCAGUGGAAGGGCCAGAAGGAGGGCGAGUAUUCCAGGAUUGACAACUAGCGGCUAAGUAGAGCAGAGCAUGGUGGGGACCUGGCGGGGCUCCGAUGGCGCGACUGGUGAAUGUCAUGUGAAGGGGCGUGUAGAUUAGCAGCUGUAAUACUAUGACGAGCGGCGCAGGCGGCUGGAUUCU